GUUCGCAGCGAAAGGGUUUUCCGAUCGAUGCGUGCUGAUCUCUGCCCCUACCUUGAAGAGACAGGGAGGCCUUGUGCUUCCAUUUCCCAUGCAUUUACAGUAACACAGUUACAUGCUUAAAGAAAGUUAGUGACAUUUCAGCUCGUUCUCCUCGGAAACAACGUGGAGCCACGUUAAUUGGGGCUUUCUUUGCAAGGACCCCUUUCUCCAUGUAAAUUUCCAUUUCUUCUCACAUUGCCACCUUCUUAUCCAUAUCUCUCUUUCUGCCACAAACCAUUGCCCCUUCCUUCCAAUCACCUCAUACAUUCCCCUCCUAAUAAGCAGUCUGAUAUCCCCCCCUCAGUCGUCAGGCCCCCACUCAGUCGUCCUGGUGAGGUGAUGGAUUUCCCUCAGCACAGUCGGCAGCUCCUGGCAAGCUUGCGGACCCAGCGCCUGCAGGGCUUCCUCUGUGACUGCACGGUACAGGUCGGCUCCAGCCGGUUCCUGGCCCACCGCGCCGUCCUAGCCUCCUGCUCCCCCUUCUUCCACAUGUUCUACUCCGAGCAGCCGCUGGGCAAGACCGAAACGGUCACCAUCAACGGGGAGAUCGUGACCCCCAUGGCCUUUGGGCUGCUGCUGGAUUUCAUGUACGAGGGCACCCUGAGGCUGGUCAGCCAGCCACCUCCGGAGGACGUGCUGGCUGCGGCGAGCUUCCUCCACAUGAACGACAUCGUUCGGGUGUGCAAGAGGAGGCUGCAGGGUCGGGGGCUGGCUGAAGCGGACAGCACCAGAGCGGAGGAGGAGUGCGUGAUUGUGGGAGCAGGCGGCUGUGUGAUGGAGUCGAUGCCCGCCGGAGCGGGGGAGGACUCAAGGGGGGAUGGGCCCGAGGAAACGACGGGGGCUGCCAAAGUAUCUGCGAUCCAAUAUCCCCACCUCAGCCAGUUCACCCCUCCUGGGUCUGAGAGGAAAAAGCAACAGCAGGAGGAGAUCGCUACCCCGAACCCUGACAAAUUCACUGGCUUUACGAGUGCCGAUGUGGCCGACACCACCCAACCAGGGAUGGACUCUGUUCUUACUGGGGAUGGUGGUGCACCUAGGGAUGGCUCUGCUUGUGCUGGAGUCCAUCCAAGACCUCAGAGCCAGGUUGAGUCUGCUUUAGCCAGUCCGUGCAGUUCCACUGAAAUGUAUUCCAACAAUCACCCGUCUUCAUCCUCUUCUUCCUCCUCCUCCACCUCUUCCUCUUCCUCAGUAUUGUAUAAUCCUACCCCAAACCCUGAGCCACAAACAAUGGCAACCGUGUCUGUCUCAUUAACACACGCAAGAAACAGCAGCACCCCAAGUCCAGUCCAGACCAAUCUGGUCAUUUCUGAUGAUGACACCGUCGUGCCAAUGCAAGACACAGGUCAGCGAGCCCAGACUCUGGAACCAAUACUCAUUCAGUCUCCUACCCAUGGGUCGACCAGCCCCCUGCCCCAACCCCAGGCUUUUUCACAGCCCCAGAUCCAGGUUCAGGGUGAGGGACCGGUGAUAGGGGCAGACAGGCUAGGAAAAGGCCCGGAGGAAGAUACAGAGCCACACGCUAUAACAAGGGAACUGGCGAUGUGGAGAGGAACGGCAGGAGAGGAGGAGAGUGACAGUGGCGUAAAGGUGAAGGUCGAGGCCAUCAUCAUAUCCGAUGAAGAACUGGACGAUGCGGAAGGGGUGCUGGCUAGAGAGAGAAAGCGAGGGAGCGAGACAGAGGACGGCGAUGGGUUCGACCACGAGGACGAUGACCAAGACGAGGAGCUGGACAGCACUCACUUUCUGCACCCGCACCCAGUCCAUCUCUCCCACCAUCAGGAGCCCCUCUCCUUCCCCCUCUCCCCCCAGGGCCCCAGCACCAUCACGUCCGCCUCCACCUCUCCAUCCUUCCCCCCGGGUCUCUUCUCAUCCACCUCCCACCACGUCCCCUCGCAGGGCUCUGACCAGCAGCCCAUAUACCUCCAGGACUUCCAGGACUCCCUGGGCUCGUACGUGGAGGACGUCCCCACCUGCGCCACCUGCGGGAAGACCUUCUCCUGCGCCUACACUCUGCGGCGCCACGCCAUCGUCCACACGCGGGAGCGGCCCUACGAGUGCCGCUACUGCUACCGCAGCUACACCCAGUCGGGGGACCUGUACCGCCACAUCCGCAAGGCUCACAACCACGACCUCCCCGCCAAACGAAGCAAACCUGACAUGGAGCCGCCGCCGCUGCCGCCACAGAGCUGA